AUGUGGAAAUGGGGUGACUUCACGGGCGUGGAGAGAAGCCAUCAUGCAACAGCUGCUUCCGGUGUAGAAACAGUGGACGAAUGUGGACUACGGUUUCUGAUGGCGGUGAAACAAUAUGAGUAUCUUCUUUUGUGUUUACCGAUUAACCAAAGAAUGGAAUUGAAGGUAUCACCCGAGGCUUUGAUGAAUGGUCUUCCUUCGUCUGACAUUAUUUGGGCUCAACAUUCAGCAACUGAAAGUGAAUUACUAAACGCUAUACCUAGUUUGCAAAAAUCAAAUCCAACAUGGGACGAGUUGAGAGGUCUGGGUAUUGCUUGGUGGUUGAACGACACCACCACUUUGAAGACCUGUUUAGAGAAGGUGAUUUGGAGUUUGCUUUCCGUUAUACGCUUCCGUCGCAAUAUAUCGCACUUCAUAAACAAAACUGAUUUUUGA